AACAAAAAUAAAGGAUCAGCUGAUAAUGAUUUCAUUCUCUCAGUAAUUUAAACGAAUUUAUUAAUUUUAUGACUACUGGGAGUCACCUUUGGUUCUAAAAAUUUCAAUUGAACAGUAAUCAUUUAUGAAUACGCUUCGUCACUGAGCAAAUACAUUAAUUUACGUGAUGGUUUAGUUUUGUUAUGGCUGCCAGCAGUUCAGACGAAAGUGGCACUACACCAAGAGAUUUUCAUCUAUCUUCAUCCCUAGACAGUGAAAGUAGACUAGAUUUCCAAAAAUUCAAGUGUCCAUUAUGUCUAAAAGCAAGAAGAAACUUGUACUGCAAAAAGUGUAUCGAAGAAGGUGAUAUUUAUUGUUCGAAAGCCCAACAAGGUGAUAAAAGUUAUAAAGAACUUCAAAUUGAAUUUAGUGACUUAUGCUUGAAGGAGAAGGACAAGAAAAAUGAAUUCGAAAUAUUGUCUGAAGAUGUUAUGAAGGAACAUGACUUGAAAUCUGAAUUACGCACUUAUAGAGAAAGGGUUAGGUCCCUCGAAAUAAUAUUGUUAGAAAAACGAGAGUUAAUAGAUGGUUAUAAAAAGGAACUCUCUAGUUUGAAGAUAAAUAACAAGAAGAAAGCAGAGUUCCAAGAAAAAUGUGACACUAAAAUACAAGAAAUUGAGGAAUAUGUUGAAAACGAAGCUGGAAAACUGAUGUAUACUGAACAUGAUUUGCAGUCUAAAAAAACUGAGGUUAAUAAAUUCAUUAGGACUCGAUCACGAGAGCUCUCUCAAUAUAUAUUUCCAAUAUUCAAAACACAACCAAAGGUAACUGCAGAACAAAUAGAAUCUGAAUUAGUCCUGGCCUUAGAGGAGGCUUCACACAGCUCAGAUUUGAGAGGAAGCUGGGAAUAUACUGAAAACUGCAGUGAAAUGAAUUUUGCCAUUGUUGCUCCUAGCCUGCCAGCUUCUGGAAACUACACUUGCUACAAUAUGUGGUUGGCAGAGGUCAAAGAGAGCAGUAGUUUACCUGGAAGUUCAACAAAUACAGAACAUGAGGAUCAUGCUAAUAGCAUAAGUGCUGCCCUCACAUACACUACGCAGUUUGUUAAUAUUUUAGCUCAGCAUAGGAAUGCAAUUCUUCCUUUCAAAGUGUCACCAAGUGAGUUUUGUGUCCGAUAUCUAACUGAACAACAGUUCAAUACCCGAGUAGCUAGACUGAAUGCAAACAUUUUCCACCUAUGUUACACAGGAAAUGUUAAUUUGGAGAGAUUAAUUCCAGGCGGAACUAUACACAAUCUCUUGCAAUUGUUGGACACUUGCUCAGAAAAUGAAAUUGAUGAUGAGGCAAAUAAGGAGGUUGAAUCUAACGAUGUUGAGAAUGAAAAAGUGGAUGUGCUGGAACGACCUAUAAUGUCUGACUUACAAAAAGGAGAUGAUUCUGAUUCAGAGGAUGGCUUGAGUGGUUGGGAAGCUUUGCCCAAUAUUCAAUACCCUGAAGCACCAGCGGGACCAGUGGCUGUGCAGACCAGUCAAGUUGUCAACACUCAGCAGGCUAGUAGUAUGGCUGGUGGUCUAGUGAACAGUGCUGCCGCCAGCAUCGCUUCCAUAUGGAAGGGUUUUACGGGAAGAUAGUGAAGUUUCCAUGAUUUAAUUUGCUGUUAUAUGUUUUAGUUCUUUGAGAGUAAGAUUAAACCAUACAAUAGUCUCAUAAAAAUGGUAAAGAAAGGACAUAUGAAGAACAUGGGACUGCUGGAGAGAAAAAUGAAGUCGUUUCUGUUUUAAAUUACUUUGACUCGUGUUGUAUCUGACCAAUGGGUGAUAAACAUACUUCACCAAUCGAUGAUUAACAUUAUUUUUUUAUGAGUUCAUUUGUAUUGAGCAAUAUGCUUUGAAAUAAAUUUUUCAUAAUCA